GCAGACUAAAGAGAUGACCCUCGCCAGUAACCGCAGUCUCGCAGAGCAGAACCUCAGCUUCCAGCCCAGUUUGGAACAACAGAAAACGCAGUUAACCAAGUGCUACUGCUGUUUACAGGAGCUCUAUGAGGCCUACCAGCUCCACAAAUGCACUCUUGGGUUGCAGUUGCUCCAGAACCUAUCCUGGGAACACUGGGUAUGAGGAAGGAAUACAUCCUGAAUGGAAUGCCACUCCACCACUGUGCACCAUGUGCACACACAAUCCACCUUCUGGCAGGUUUUUGGGAGAUCACAACUCAGGGAAAAGCUCACUGGACACACUUUUAGCCCUGCUACAAGCUGAAGGAGCCAAAAUUGAAGAGGAAACAGAGAACAUGGCAGACUCCUUCCUCACUGGUGAUUUGUCACUGGACAACUUCAUUGAAACCUAUCAGAGCAAGAGAAAGCUGGCCCAUUUGCGGCGUGUGAAGAUUGAUAAGCUGCAGGAGAUGGUGCUCAAAUGUUUCCAGAUGCCACAGGCAUCAGUCGAGCAUGUUCAGUCUCAGACGCCCACUUCCACCCCUCCCUUCGAUGGCCAGGUUAAUGGCUUCCCGGUUCCUAUGAGGGCCGCACCUUCAACUUCAAUCCAGCUGACUGGGCAGCAGCCCGCUUUACCCUAUCCAGCAACUCCUUACCCUCCUGUCCAAAUGCCCAACAUGGUGCCAUCCUACACAGGUCCACUGACACAGCAGUACACACCAGCAUUUCCUCAGAGGCCUGGUCUUCCCCCGAGGACUGGCUUCAUCAUGCAGUGAAAUAAUACUAAAGUAUUUUUAAAUGUAAACGAAUAACCCGGGCAUUUACCCUGUUGCUAAACAAGAAGUUUGUAUGUUAGCACUUUGGUCGUUUAUCCUCAAGUGUUCAUGGAUUAUUAUAAACUGUUCUUGCUUUUUGUUUCUUUGUUUCUUUGUUUUUGUUUGUUUGUUUUGGGGUAACUGCAGUCUGUAUGUUUUUCAGUCAGAAAUGACUUUUUGUAGACGUAUCCACAAAAUGGACCAGUCCAUGUCCAACUAAAUAGAAAUCUAAUUCUCUAAAGAAAAUAGUCCUUUAGAAAUAUCAUGGUAAAACCAUCAAAUGAUUGCACUGAAUCUGCAAGAAAUGUAAUUUCUUCAUGUACCCAAGUUUUACAUAUCAGUGAGAGAUCAGUUAAAAUUUUUCAGAAGCACCGAAUUACAUACUCAUUAGAAAGAAACAUAGAUAUGUAUAUUUGCAACAUUUUGGAGGGAAAUAUAAAUUAGAUAAGUAGUAUGCUGUGCAUGUAAGGAAAUAAGUAUGACACAUUGUAAAAGCAAAGCAAAGAAAAAAAACCUACCAUAUUAUCACCUAAAAUUUUGGAUUCUACUGACCAGCAACCAAAGACACUUUUCCUUUCCGAUUACCCUAAAUCAUAUUACCACAAAACCAUAAAACUCCAAAAAUAUAUUGUGUUUCAUAAGAGAUUUUGUUUUGGUUUUGUGGUAUUCUGAUUUAAACAUGCUGAAAACUAAACAUUUCAGCACAUAUGCAGUUAUUCAUUGCUAUUCUAUCUGUCUUAAGGCUGUACCAUUACUAUAAUUAGAGGUAGCACACAAAAUAGCAUUAAACUAGGAACGUAUCUAAUUCAAAUUAUGAAGAGUUACAGGACUUGCAGUGUUAUAAAAGACAUUUGUACUAUGCAGCUCUUUCUAAACUUCCCCAACUUGUUAUUUCAUCCAACAGUGGAACUCUAGGUGCCUGUACAAAGCCAUGGCAAAGUUGUACAUCAUUAACUACAUCCUAGAUAUGGGCAGGUCUCAAAAGCUAUAUAUUUGACAAAAAAAAAACUGUAUGAUUUAUGAUCAGUUUUGUCUAUGAUGAAAUUAUUGGUGAUUAGUAAAGUCUUUCUGCGUUCAAGUGAACAGCCAUAACUCAAGCGUGCCUUGGAGAAAAGUUUAGUUUUUUUUUUUUUUUUUCUCCCAUUGAUUUUCAAACCAUGAUUUUUUCCUUGGUGUCUAUCAGUCGCAGAAGGUGUUAUAGCAUAAUGCACAGUUCUCAGUACUCUGUGAUACACUAUGUAGAACACAAGUAUAAUAUGUUUAAAUUCUUUCUUUAGUGGUGAAUUUUUGGAGGUAUUUGUCUUUUAUAAAAAUGCUAAUUAAAAGAAAAUUAGUCAAA